AAAAAGAGACCCCUACUGCUACUACUGCUGCCGCUAGUGCUACCACGACUAUGGUGAUGAAACAUAUCUGAGUUUGGCUUUCCUUCUAUCGUGACUCUCCGUUGCUUCUGUUUCCCUUCCCCUCCCUCCACAAUCGUCACUUUCCUUCACAUUCCACUGCAGCGCCGACGUGAGACAGGACGAACUCAACCGCAUACUCGGCCUGCCCUAUGGAAGGUACAGGUGCAGGUGCUCAACCAUAAACAUCGCCCUCCCCCACACGACCCUCUCCCGUCGAACCCACACCCACAGUCCAAGUCAACAUGUCGACCAUUUCUCUGGAAAAGCCAGACAGCGCGCUCUUCCAAUUCCCACCUCGACACGAUCCUCUAGCGCUCCCACCACCUAUCGCAGGUUCGACCCUUUCUGCGCCUCCAUUCAAUAUCUCCGCCGAGCUAUACAACUCCCUUCUUGAUGUGCGAGUUCCAAUCACCAUCGCGGCCGUCUAUGCUGUCUCUGUGAGCUCUCUAAACGCAUACAACCGAUCGAGGGGCAAUGAGCCAUGGGCAAUCAGCAAGACCAGAGCUUUCUUCUGCUUCGUGGUUUUGCACAACAUAUUCUUGGCUGUGUACUCGGGAUGGACCUUCAUUGGAAUGUGGAAUGCGCUUCAAAAUUCUCUCGCGGGAUGGUCAGGUCCAGAUGGAUUAUCCGCAACAGUCGACAGCCUAUGCAAGAUCCACGGUCCUCGCGGGUUGGGAAAUGCUGUUGUUUAUGAACCGGCUUCUUCGAGUUGGAUUUCGCAGUCUCCAGAUUCCGUCUUCCUUACCAGUGCGGGGUUACCAGAUGCGACUGAUUACGGAAGAUUGUGGAACCAGGGACUUGCUUUUUACGGGUGGUUCUUUUACCUCAGUAAAUUCUAUGAGGUUCUUGAUACCGUGAUCAUUCUGGCGAAAGGAAAGAGGAGUUCUACUCUGCAAACGUAUCAUCAUGCUGGUGCGAUGAUGUGUAUGUGGGCUGGAAUUCGCUACAUGUCCCCUCCAAUCUGGAUGUUUGUGUUUGUGAACUCGGGAAUUCAUGCUCUGAUGGUAAGCCAAAUCAAACAAGAAACUAGGAAAAUAUAUUAACAAAAAUAGUACACAUACUACACCGUAACAGCAUUCUCUGUUCCCAUCCCACAAGCACUCAAACGAAGCCUUACAACCAUGCAAAUCGUACAAUUUCUCGUCGGCGCAACCUACGCAGCCAUCCACUCCUUCGUGUACUACACCAUCCCAGUCAAAGUCCCAGUCGUCAAAGCAGCAGCAGAGAAAAUCACCUCGGUCGCCUCAGCAGCCAUUUCCUCCGAGAGUGCCACAGCAAGCGUUGCGGCAAGCACCACCGCACUCGUCGACCUUGUGAAAAAAUACCUCUUCUACGCAGUUGGCGAACAAGGACUAGCAGAGAACAUCAAUGCCCCGGUCACAACUCCAUCACCAAAAGUGGCACCUAUUACUGGAAAUGAUGGAAUCAAAUACAAUGUUGAGUAUCAAAGUGUUCCUUGUAUUGCGACGAGUGGUCAAACUUUUGCUAUUUGGUUUAAUGUUCUUUACCUUACGCCUCUCACUGUACUCUUCGUCCGAUUCUUUGUUAAGAGCUACUUGAGACGAUCGCAGAAGAGGAAGGUUGUCGCGAAUGGGAAGCCUGUUGGUAAUGAGAAGGCAGUUGCGAAUGGAAAUACGUAUGCGAAGGUUGUGGAGAAUGGAAGUCCGGCUAAGGCUAAUGGUAAGCAUUAAUUGUCUUGUCAGAAAUUCCUCAUUUGGGAGGUUUAUUCCUGGGGUUCUGGGAAUUAUGACUCUCGGGAAUAGUGGUGGGGAUGAGUGAAUUUAUUGGAAUGGGAUGAAUGUGUUGUAGGAAUAGAGUGGAGUACUACGAAGGAAGAGAUGUCUUUUCCUUGUGGAACUCUUGUUUUUUUAGCGUGGCAUGGUUUGGGGCGUGAAGGGGGUAAUAUAGACAUGGAAGAUGAUAGAUGAAUGGAUUGCUCGGUUAAAUGGAAAUGGACAAUUCAAAAAUCAAAUGGGUUGGGGUGGUAAAAGUAAGUUAUCUUUGGUAGGUAGCUAGGUGCCUAGAUACUCCAGCGAAGAGAAUUGGAAAUAUAGAUACCGCC